UCCGCCGUUUCCCUCCGGAAGUACAGUUCAUUUUUAUUCACAGGAAAAAAAAACAGCUGUUGUUGAAAAAGAAAACAUCAAAGUGAGUUUCAUUGACGGAUGUCUUGGCGUUAUCUUUUCGCAGACAUUAGUGCAAAUGCCAGCACCAAAGAGAGGAUCAUCUCCUCAUGAUUCUCAGCCCAAGAUGAGGAAGUUGGAUGAAGAUGGUGAGGCUCUGCCAUCCAAAACUGCACCGGCUUCCAAUAAUAGGUCCCUUAAAACAGGAAAUACACCAGAAAAGACAGCAGCUCCACGGACUAAGAAAAAACUUUGUGCUUCAGCGGAAGGGGGGAAUAAACCAGCCAAGUCAUCCAAACAGAGUUCCCCUCCAAAGGAUUCCAGCAAAACCAUUUCUGACCCACCUGUCAAAAAAGCCAAGCUCCUGAAAGCCACAAGUGCCUCCUGCGGAGAAGCUCCCUCACUGAAAGUUUACUCCAAAGCUUCCCUGAAGCGAACAGCCUCUACAGAGUCUGAGGAUGAGUUGAGUAGUGAUAGUAGUAAGACUGACCUCUUCAGAGAGAGGGAUGAUGGGGACAAGGCCCGCUGCAUCAGAAAAUAUUCUAAUCGAGUCAAAGCUAAACGCAGGGUUGAAGAGUCAAUGUCUGACCCACAGGAGACUGCACCGGGAGACCCUGUUCAAAUGGACCACAAUUAUGGUAGAUUUUCAGAUUCAAGUCCGGGAGAGGCUAAUCAGGAUGAUGUGAAAGAAUCUGAACAGUCUGUCACUGAAGGAGAGACACAAGACAUGUCAGUUAAUGCACCACAAGCAGAGUCAAAGGAAAGUGUAGUCUCCGUAGGAGGGAGUGCAAAAGCUAGCAUUGAGUUUGAGUGUGCAGCUGUUGAAAGUAAACAUGAGGAAUUUAAAAUUUUAGAAAGCCAAAAGCUCAUAGAUAAUGAAGCACUUGUAUCAUGUAGAGAAAUAUUUGACUUUACAACAGCUGCAGGGUUGCCUAGCCUCACAUCUGAGACGGGGGAAAAGAAGGACGUGGACAUCAAAAGCAAAAAGGAUGUAGAUAAUGAAAGACUUGCGACAUCAGCGGGAAAUCUAUAUUUUUGCACAAGAGAGGCAAAUCCAUGCUGUGAAGGUGAAGUACAGGUAGAUGAAAGAACAUCUUGUAAAAGUCAGGCAGAUGUGAGCAGUGAAACUGAAACAAAUGAGACCACAGAGACUGUUUCUGAGGAGAUAAAGCUGGAUAGGAAAUGUAAAAGUAAUGAAGAAGAGAUUAAAAUGAAGGGAGAGAUUGAAGCUGCCAGUGUCUCUGCAGGCUAUAGUGAUGUAGAAGAUAAAGCAUUGAUCCUGGUAGAAGGUAGUAAUCCAGAGGGUCAGCCUGAGGAAAAUCUAAUAACAACAGAGUCUGUUUGCAAUCCAGGGACUCAAACAGACCUCAGUGUCAAAAUUCAAGUUACUUUCAAAGAGGAAUCAAAAUCCGAGGAUCAAGUGAGUCAUCAAGGGCCAGAUGCCAUUACCAACUCAUGUGACGGUGUGAACAAACUAGUCAGAAAGUCUGAAGAAAGUGAAAGGAAGGGAGUCGAGUUCCUGUCGACUCACACUGUUGCUGGUCCUGGGUCUUUUGCUGAGCUACAACUGAGCCAAGUUGUGAUGAACAAGACAACUGACAGCUGUCCUGAAAUACUGACACCAGAUUGUGAGUCUGUUCCAGAGCAAAAUCAAAGCGAUGGGCUCUCCGAUUGUUUCACAGUCUCAGAGGGUCAGAUAGACGUGGGCAUGCACACUAAGAUAACAUCGGAGGAGAGCUCCGACUUUGCCCCUAAGGAGGAUAAAAACAACCACAAAAUUAAAGACCACACAACAGAAAUACCUGUUAAAGUCAAAGAAGAUGCUAUGAUAAAUGAAGAAAAAGAACAGGAGAUGAACUUUGAAUGUGCCACUGCACACACUGAGAUUUCUAAUCAAACCGCUUCACUGGAAAUACAAAGCCAAAAGAAUCAGGAAGUCAGUGAAUGUGCCACAGACAUAUCCCCAGAAUUGAAUGAGGAUCAUGCAUUGAAUUCUAAAAUAAUGGAAAAGGAAGAAAGCAAGAACUUUGAACAUAUUAACGGACCUGAGAGACAGACUACUACGGCAUCAGAAAUGUCUAAUCCUGCAUCUACGGCGGAAGUGCUAAGCCAGGAGAGGCCAAUAGACGGUGACUUCACCACAGACAUGUCUGAAGCACAGAAAUGUCCAGUUGCAAAUUGUCAGAACGCCAAAGAUGAAAACAGGGUUGAUGAUCAAUGUGUUGUUGCUGCUGAAAAUCAAAUAGAAGUGGACAUGCAGACAACAACAUUAGAGGGGAUAUCUAACAUCGCACCUACUUUGGAAAGACAAAGCCAGGACGACAGUGAACCUACCACAGACAUGUCUGCUGAACAUGAGGAUCAUAAGGUUGGAAAUAUGGAAAACAAGGUGAACUUUAAGUCGCUUACUGUCCCACAGAGUCCAAUAGAAAUGGAAAUUCAGGUUACAACAACAUCUGAGGUUUCAAAUCCAGCCGCUUUGGUCAAAAUACAGAAAAGCCAAAUUGAAGUGGACAUGCAGAUGACAGCAUCAGAGGAAAUAUCUAACGCUGCAGCUACGGUGGAAAUACAAACCCAGAAAAGUCUAAAUGAAGUGAAUGUGGACACCCCGGCAACAUUAGAUGAAUUAUCUAACACCGCACCUAGGGGGGAAAUACAAAGCCAGAAAAGUCUAAAUGAAAUGAAUGUGGACACUGUGGCGACAUUAGAUGAAAUAUCUAACACAGAACCUACUGUGGAAAUUCAAAGCCAGAAAAGUCUAAAUGAAGUGAAUGUUGACACCGCAGCGACAUCUGAUGACACUUCUAACACAGCACUUACUGUGGAAGUUCAAAGCCAGGACGGUAGUGAACCUACCACAGACAUGUCUGCUGAACUUCAUGAGGAUCAUAAAUUUGUAAAUAUGGAAAACAAAGUGAACUAUAAAUUGGUUACUGUUCCACAGAGUCCAAUAGAAAUGGAAAUUCAGGCUACAUCAACAUCCAAGGUUUCAAAUUCAGCCGCUUUGGUCGAAAUACAGAAAAGCCAAAUAGAAGUGGACACGCAGACGACAGCAUCAGAGGAAAUAUCUAUUUCCGCCCCUAUGGUGGAAAUACAAAGCCAGAUAUGUCUAAAUGAAGUGAAUGUGGACACCGCAGCGCCAUCAGAGGAAAUUUCUUACAUGACACCUACAAUGGAAAUACAAAGCCAGAAAAUUCUAAAUGAAGUGAAAGUAGAGACUGCAGUGACAUCAGAGGAAAUUUCUUACAUGGCUCCUACAGUAGACACUCAGGGCCAGAAGAGCCAAGAAAUCAUUGAACCUGCAAUAGACAUAUCCCAGAAUGUUCAAGAAUGUCUAAUGAUACAGACUCCUAAAAGUAAUAGAAAUGAAAACAAAGUUAUAACACCAUGUGUCAGUGCGGCUGAGAGUCAAAGAGAAAUGGAUUUGCAGACAGCAGCAGCACAAGAGGAGGCUUCUGAUCCAACAACUGUAGUAGAAACACAAACUCAGAGAGGUCAGGAGGUCAGUGAACUCACAACAGACGCUCAACUAUUACAUUUUUUUGUUGUUGCCAAUACGGAGAGUGAAGAAAACAAGGAAAAGGUUAUUGCUGAAUGUGUGUAUGCUACUGAACAUCAAAUAGAAAUGGAUGCGCAAGCAACACCAAUACCAGAGGAGAUUUCUAACCCAUCACCUACAGUGGAAAUACAAAGCCAGGAGGUCAGUGAACUCAACACAGAAGUUCAGAAAGAUCUAGUGACUGCAAGUUGUGAGCGUAAGGAGAAUGAAGAUAGGGUUACUGCUGAAUGUGUUGAUGAUCCAGAGGUUCAAAUAAAUAUGGAAACUACUACAACGCCAGAGGAGAUUUGUAAUGCAGCACCUACAGCAGAACUGCAAAACCAGGGGAUGGAAGAAGUCAAUAAACCCUCUAUGGUCUUAUCAAAUGAAGCUCACAACCCUCUUCCGAUGGCUGAAAGUAAGGGAAAUGCAAACAUGCAGGCAGAUCCUACUGCUGCAGUUAUCCAAGGGGAUAUGGAUGUAAUAAGUGGAUCGGUAGGAAGGGUAGGUUCUGCUUUAGAAGAGGAAACAGGGAGACAAGUGGUUAAUGAAGUCAAAGAUGAGGCUGCAAUCAUUUCCUCUGAAAACGCUGACCAAACAGUCAAUGAUAUUGAAGGACAAGGAGGAGGAGCUGAAAGCACUGAAGAAAUAGUUUUUGUUUGUGGCCAACCGGAUGAUGUUGAUAUUGUAAUUCAGGCAUCAGAAGAGCAGAGUAAGACGGUUAAUCAAUCAGAGGUUGUGAUUCAUGAAAACCAGAUAGUGUAUGAGCCCAUUAGUAGUCCGGAGAGUAAUGAUGGUAGAGAGAUUUCUACAGCAUCCGAGAACCAUGCUGGUGUGUCUUUACUGGACCUGCAAAACACCCAGCAGAUGGAAGGAGAUUCAUCUACUCAUGAAGACAACAGCUGUAACCAACAACUGGACAAAGAGGGAAACGUUGAGCAACAAAUGUGUGUCUCAGACAGCCAAGAAGUUGAAAUGGAAGCACAAACUGUCAGUGUGCCAGAGAGUUUUGUCCCUGCACAUUUGGAGCAGAGUGACAUGAAUGUUGAUGGAAAACAAGUUGCAGUGAUCAGCUCUAGCGAUGACAUCAGCAUGCCAGAUGGCCAGACAGAAGAUGCACCAGAAAGUAGUAAAAGGAAUGGUUAUCCAGAUUGCGUUGGUGCCACAGAGUCUCCUGAACAGGUGCAGGAGGACAUGGGACCUCAGGAGGUUUCAGACGUCACGGUGACGACAACUACGACCACCUCUGAAGUUGAAGUACCAGAUAGUACAUCUGAGGAGUUUGUGAUCUUAGAACCAAUUCCAGCAGGCGAAAUUCACUUUGAUAUUGUUACUCGAGCAGCGGCUGAAUCAGGUUUGUCAGACUCCCCUUCAGAGCAGGGGAAUCCAGACAGCGCUUUAGAAGGUGACGUGGAAAAUGAAAGGAUUUUAAGUGGUUCUCAACAAACCUUCUUCCCUGAGGCAGAAGUGCAGCAAUGUCAAACAACUGAUGAGAUCAAAGUGACAAAUUCGAGUGAGGUUUUAGAUCAGGAGACUAGGGUGGGGAGGGAAAUCUCAAAUGAGGAAAGUGUUGAAGUUAUUCAAGAUGCUGACCACAGCCAGCAGCCAUCAUCUAACAUAAUGGAUGUUAAUACCUCAGAGGUUGAGAUGGCAAACUCUCAUGCUCAAGUCACAAAUGAAGAGAGCAAUGCACUGGUGAUAGAGAAUGCCGAGGCUGAUUUGUACCUACAAGAAGUGCAGCUUCUGGAGGAUAUAGAGAUCGGUCGUGAGAUCGUAGUAGCUGAGGAAGAGAACGAUGAAGAUAGUGACAUUACAAUAAUAGAAAAACCCCAGGAAACAGCUGAGGCAGUCCAUAAAGAAGACUCUGAGAAAAAGGUUAAUGAGAAAACUGGAGAUGGCACAGGGAGCACAGCUGAAAAGACUGAAGAUGAUAAAAAGGCAGAAAAACCCAAGAAACAGCAAAUGAACACACAGGCCAGAACCAAAGCCCGUCUGGCAGCUCUGGCUGAGCAAAAAGCUGCAGCAUCUAAGAGAACAGCAAACAGGCAGCAGCUAAACCUCUUAGCUUUGUGUCAGGAGAUUGCAGAGGACAUAGCUACUGACAGCAUGCUAUUGAAGAGGAUAGAAGAAGAAAAACAAGCCGCGGCUGCAGCAGCAGCAGCAGCAGCAGCUACAGCAGCCAGUAGUGAAGCAAGCAAGAAGGAAAGUCCACCUGUUAACGUGCAGGGGGCAGACACUGUUAGUGUUCCUACUCCUGCUGGGCCAGAAGAGAGCUGUGCCCCUGGGACCCCUGCUGAGGAGGCACCUACAGCCCAGGGCUCAGUGGAUGAUUCAGCUGAAGCUAAGCCUUCUUCAGAGCCUCCAAAGAGGCGUUUCUUUGUCACACAGAUUUCAGUGCCACUGAAAGUCCAUGAGAAAAAGAAGCUAACUAGGUAUCAAAGGCUGAGACAGGUUGAACUGCAAAGAGAGAAAAUGUCUUGGGCACGUGUAAAGAAACUUAAAUCUGACCAAGCAAAUCAGAUGUUUUCGGACAUAGAUUGGCAGGUCCCCCUGUCUGCAUGCUCUCCAUUUUCUGUGAGUCCUGUGACCACAGCUCCUCCACCUGCAGCCAGUCCACCGAAAACACCUCUCCCAUGUCCUGCCUCAACUAGCAAGCCUGCAACACCCAAGGCAGAAGUCCCUAACAUUGACACUCCUAAGGCUGAACCCAGUAAGACUGAACCCACUGAAACGGAAACCCCCAAAAGUGAACCCACAAAACCUGAACCUGCCAAAGCGGAAGCCUCCAAAACUGAGACUCCUAAUGCUGGAAUCCGUAAAUCUACAAGGCAAAGUAAAGCUCAAACUCUUAAAGAAACCCCUGGUCCGGGGCCCGUCCCAAAAGUGACCAGAUCAGCAGCCAAGAGGACCCUCCCAGCAGUACCCCCUCCUAUGCCCAAUGGACUUAAUGGUCAAAAACAGAAGCCUGUUGAGUACAAGCCAUACAGACCCAGGCCCAAGUAUUCCUUUGAUGACUUUGAACUAGAUGAUGACCCAUUACCAGCAGCUCCAACAAAGCCCAGUCCUCACUCAAGGCCCACACAGCCGACACAACCUAACGUUCAGUCAAUAACCACAGCUCAGUCUAAACCCACAGUUCAGUCAAAACUCCCAGUUUCCCCACAUCUUGCACACCAGGAAAAACUCAAAGCUCAGACUACACCUGCUGGACCGAUCUCAGGUCAGUCAAAGUCGACUGCUACAGCUACAGUUCAGGCAAAGCCUGCCGGUUCUACUACUCCUCAGUUAAAGCCUGCCGUUGCGACAACAUCCCAGUUGAAGGCCACAGCCACUGCCGCGUCUUCUUCUAAACAUGUUCCGCCAGUUCAAGCUCAAUUAAAGUCUCCUGUUUUGACGACACCUCAGUCAACAACUGUUUCAGCUCCAGGCCAGUCCAAGCCUGCUGCUUCUGUUUCUCCUCAGUUAAAGCCUGUUGGUAGUGGAGGUACAGCUCAGCUCCAGCCGUCAACAGCAUCUCAGGCUGCAGGUUCAAACACAUCUGAGACAAAGCCUGCUGCUCCAAAGGCCGACGUUGGCUCGGCUGUGCUUCAGAAAACCCCAAAUCCACCGUUAUCAGAAGAUGUCAAAUGCAAGGAUACAGCUGAUCCCACCUCUUCCCUGCCCUCUGAAGACUCGAAAGAGUCCGAUGACACACAGAAGAGUGAAGUAAAGCCUGCAGCCACUGGUGUUGAUUCUAGUCCGGAGAAUAAGACGGAGACAGCCGAGACAGCCGAGAAGGCAUUGGAAAAACCUCAAGACGGCGCAGCGGAGCCACAGGAUGACAGGACUCCUCUCUCUGAUGCUUGUCUGCAAAAAGAAGUGAAGAAACUAAAGGAGGCUGACAAAGAUGGCACCCAAACCAUUAUUGAUGCAGGACAGAAGCAUUUUGGAGCAGUGGCCUGCAACGUGUGUGGGAUGCUCUACUCUGCUGCCAACCCUGAAGAUGAAUCUCAACAUUUACUCUUCCACAACCAGUUCAUCAGCGCUGUCAAAUAUGUGGGAUGGAAAAAAGAGAGGAUACUGGGGGAGUAUCCCGACGGCAAGAUCAUUCUUGUCCUGCCUGAUGAUCCCAAAUAUGCUCUGAAGAAGGUCGAGGAGAUCAGGGAGAUGGUGGACAACGACCUCGGUUUCCAGCAGGUGGAGACCAAGUGUCCCUCUCAGACCAAGACCUUCCUCUUCAUCUCCAAUGACAAGAAAGUGGGUGGAUGCCUUAUAGCAGAGCACAUACAAGAGGGAUACAGGGUGAUUGAGGAGCAAGUACCGGAAGGUUCAGAGGGAGAAAAGGUGAUGUUUGAACGUCAGAGAGCUUGGUGCUGCUCCACAACACCGGAGCCGGCCAUCUGUGGCAUCAGCCGCAUCUGGGUGGUCAACAUGAUGAGGCGCCGGGGCAUCGCUUCACGCUUGCUCGAGUGCCUCAGGAACAACUUCAUAUACGGUUCAUACCUGAGCAAAGAUGAGAUCGCUUUCUCCGACCCCACACCCGAUGGAAAACUCUUUGCCACACACUAUUUUAGCACUUCUCAGUUUUUGGUUUAUAACUUUGUGAGUGGAACAAGCUCGUCCCAGCCCAACGCUGACGCAGUAUGACAGUCUUCAGGAAAGGUAACCAUGGUUUUAACUGAGACGCCCACUGACCAGGGGGACGCACCGUCACUAAGCACUUAACAGUGUCUGAUGCAGAAUCUGUAUUUGCAUAACCAUUAAAA